CAUGUCAGGCAGAUACCCGAUAGUUGUGCAGGGCGAAGCGUCUGAAACGGACUCUGAUGAUGAAGUGUACAUCACUUCCCUGUCUACGGUCCAGACAGCUGCGGUCGGAGCCAAGGUUCCUGGGGAGGCCUCAGAAACGGACAGCGAGGGUGAAGCCGAGCAGUCAGGCCGAGCCUCUGCAGUGAGCCAGGAGAGCUCUCAGAUACUGAGAAGAGACCUGCCUCCGCUCAUCGUGGUCAGAGAUCAUCCUGAUAUCGUGUCCAUCGUGGAGGACAGACCGAGCCCUUCACACAGAUCAGGUGAGACUCUUUUACAACAGAAGCUGCAGGAGUCUAACAGCCGGCUGUACGCUGAUGUGGGACAAAUGGUUCGGCAGGUUUAUGGCAAUGCCAGUAGGGAGGUACGCAGUGCAACAUCUCAGCUGAAUGCAUCCCAGAGCGCCAUCAUCAAUGCAUCCCACAGCAUCAGGUUAAUUCUGGAUGACCUGAAGGCUGUGUCUGAGAAGAUUGACAUCAUCACCAGCUGCCAAAUACUGCCUGAUAUUAACAUCAACAAUCCCAGUAAUUACACUGCUGCUUUCCCUUAAAGAAAUACAUAAAAGUGUGCAUUUUAAGAAAAGUAACAUUUAGAUUCUAGGUUCUAAUUUUUCUACGGCUUACUUUUAUCAAAAAUCAGAGGCUAAGACUGAAGAAGGAUGGAACCUCACAAUAGCUUUAUUCUUGGUAUAUUAAUGUCAGGUGUAUUUAACAGUCACUACUCAUGUAUUUAUGAUUUUUCUUGCUGUUUCUGUUAAUCUUAAUGUAACCUGACAUGAUUGAAAUAAAACUUCCAACACAACAGGAGAGAGUUAAACACGCAUGGCGGGCCGUAUAUCCACCAUCACAUCUGUGUGCAGGUGCUCUACACAGGGCUGUAGACAUACACUAACACCACCACCAGCGGGGGAGAAUGGUACCCACAAUACCCACAAUCCCAUGCACGUGGUCAGGCUCAACUGCAUCCCAUUGAUUUGGGAUGCAGACUUCAAAGAUCAGAUGCCUGAAAAACAGAUGCACAGAAGGUUUCCGUUGUAUUGAGUUCAGUCACCCUAAAGGAAGAAGGGUGAGGUUAUACGUGAUGACCUAUUUUAGCCACCUGAUGGCGCCAUUGAUCAAUUCAUUACAACAGUCAAUAGUGUACAAAACUUAUUCAUCUCGUGUAUUUUCCUUCCAGACCGAGUUUGAUCUAUUUCUCCACCGGUACUGAUGUUUAAAUCUGUUCACAUUUGUUUUUUAACUGUCUGGGCUGAAGUAAACGUAAUCUGUCUUUCUUAAGAAGCUACAUUACGUCUAAGAUAUAUUGCAUUUAUCUACAGACACAUGAUGUUUUAAGACAUGUUCUUUUUGUUUCCACUCAUUUGCAUUCGGAUGUAUUUCUGUAUCCUGUUCC